ACCUCCACGGUUGUAGAGGUGUAGAGGGAUGCGGCAGCGACGGAACCGGGCUUCUUUUUUAAAGAAUCAAUGUGAGGGAAGGGUGCAGAGCCGCGUUAUUUCAGGGAGACAUUGUCGCACUCCCCCUCCCACGUGUAGGUAGCAUCUGGGGUGCGUGCGCCCUGUUCGCAGACCCCAUGGAGAGACGCUGGCGGCGGCAGAUGGGGCUCCUUUCACGGUUGCAGCCGGCAGUAACCCGACCCCGCCGGCGCAGAGACUGAAGAAGCGCAGGGGAGAGCGGCGAGCUGCGAACAAAAGCCUUUGGCGCGGGGCCGAAGCCCAGGACGCGGGAGAUUCCAACAAAGGACGGGGCUCAGCCAUGGUGGACCCGGUGCCUGAAGAAGAGAAGGCAGGAGCGGAGCUCGGCGACUCCGGAGGGGACGAGGCCGUGGCGUCCGUGCCCCCUGAUGCCCAGGGCGCCCAGGAGCCCGCAGCCUCCUCGGCCUCGGCCUCCGCGGCGGUGCCCUGCAAGGCGGAAGUCCCAUGUGCAGCCGCAGAAGGCGGGCGGCGGGAGCAGUCCCCGCUGCUGCACCUCGACCUCUUCAACUUCGACUGCCCGGAGGCGGAGGGCAGCCGCUACGUGCUGACCAGCCCCCGCUCGCUAGAGGCCUGCGCCCGCUGUGCGGUCAAGCCGGUGGAGCUGCUGCCACGGGCCCUGGCCGACCUGGUGCGCGAGGCUCCGGGCCGCUCCAUGAGGGUGGCCACCGGCCUGUAUGAGGCCUACGAGGCGGAGCGGCGCGCCAAGCUGCAGCAAUGCCGGGCCGAGCGCGAGCGCAUCAUGCGCGAGGAGAAGCGGCGUCUUUUCACGCCUUUGAGCCCCGCGGCCGCCGCCGCCGCCGCCGCCGCCGCCGCCGCCGCCGCGGCCUCGGCCCCGAGCGCGGGCAGCAGCAGCAGCUGCAGCAGCGCCAGCCUCCCGGCCUCGCCCGCGCCGCGUGCGGCCCGCAAGGCUUCACCCAGUCCCUCCUCCGCCCGGACCCAACCUCCGCCAGCGGGUUCUCGGACAGGCAGGAAGAGCCAUUCGCUGGACUCACUGUCCCGCCGGCGUGAGGGCGCCCUCAGCUCCGAGUCGGGAGCAUCGUCGUCAUCCUACAGUGGGGAAAGCCUGAGAGAGCUGCGCUGGCCGCCUCGGGCCUUGGCCAGGAACAGCUGCCCGGCGGGGUCGGCGUCCUCCACCACCAACGCUCCGGGCCGCCCGUCCGCCCUGACCCUGGUUCCGAUCACCGGCCGCAGCUUCAGCCUCGGCGACCUGAGCCAUUCGCCGCAGACCGCUCAGCACGUGGAGCGCAUCGUGCGCCAAGUGCGUGCCGAGCGCGGCCUGCGCGGGGUGCCGGAGCGUGACCGGAAGAUUGCGGCGCUCAUGCUGGCGCGGCACCAGGAGGAGCUCCUGCUGCUGGAGCAACGCGCGGCGGCCCACGGCCAGUGGGAGCUGCAGCGCGUGCACGCCGAGCAGCGGCGGGAGCGCGAGGAGCGGGAGAAGCAGCGCGCCCUAGAGCAGGGCCGCCGAGCCUGGGCCGCGCAGGUGGAGGAGCGGCGAGGCCGCCGUGGUCGCGAAGAGCGCGAGGCUGCGCGGCGGCGGCAGCGGCAGUACGAGCGCAGCGAGGAGCGGCGGCGGGAGCUGGCCGAGCGCCAGGGCCUACUGCGGCGGGAGCGGGCGGAGCGCGCGGCCCGGGAGGAUCGGCUGCGCAAGCUUCAGCAGGAGCAGAACCUGAAGCAACGUGAGGAAGGUCUACAGGAAGGGCGGGAGCGAGCCGAGCAGAUCCGCAGGGAGCGCGCCCAGCGCGCGGCGCGCGCCAAGCAGCGGCAGGAGGGCCAGCUGCAGCGGGAGAAGCGGGAGCUGAGCCGGGCCGAGCGGGCGCGCCACGAGGCGCUGCUACAGGGCAGGACCCGGCAGCAGCGCCAGGAGCGAGAGGGCUUGCGGAGCUCGCUGGAAGCCAGCUUGGGCCGUGCGCAGGAGAACUACGAGCAUUUGGUGGAGCAGCGCACCCGGGAGCUGCGGGAGCGGGCCCGGCGAGAGGAGCUGCAGGGUCGGCGGGCCAAGGAGGCGGCAGAGCGCAAAGAGCGGGAACAUCAGGCGCACCUGGAGGCGCUGGCCCGGGCGGGGGAGCGACGGCUGCAGCACGCGACGCAGGUGGCCGAGGAAGCAGUGCAGCAGAAGGCGCGGCGCGUGGGCCAGAGUCGGCUGGAGAAGGAACGAGCCCAGCGCGCCAACAAAGAGAAGGUGGAGAGGGACGAAGACUGCCGCCGGCGAGAGCUACUCCAGGCCAUUGGGCGCAAGCUGGAGCGCAGCGAGCAGCUGUCGCGGGAACGGCGCAGUGCGCUGGAGAGCGCCCGCUCCACAGCCCGGGCCUCCUUCCACGUGCGCGAGAAGGUGCGUGAGGAGACCAACACGCGCUCCUUCGACCGCAUGGUGCGGGAGGCCCAGCUACACGCCAGCCUGGACCGCAAAUAACUGCGGCUCUUCGCCAGCCAGAUUGGCACGCACAGCCCCCUGGGGCCUCCCUCGACCACUUUGACCAUCGUGGGAGUCCCCGCUCGGUGCACAGCGCGGUGGCCUCUCGAGGCUUCUGACCAAUGAAGCAACAACAGUAGAGACGUGUGGGACCUGUCAGCUGGCCCCCUUUGUUUUUAAAACUUACUUCGUUUGGAGAUGACAGCACAAUCUGCCCACAUCCACCCUUGAUGGCUCCCGCACCGACCCUUGCCAAACUUCCCUAUGUGUCUCUUGGGCUGGAAUAGAGAAGCUUGGGGGAAAGGAGCUGAUCAGGACUGGUGAGAGGGCCCCCCAGGAGAGGGCAGAGGUGGUUGUCCCCACCCCUUCUGCAGCAGUUGCCCCAGGCACCUGUUCAACAUUGGUGUCUGAGACAGAGUUGCUACUGCUGAGGGAACAACUGGCUCACCUCCAUCUUUCAAAAUAUGGCAAGCUGCACAAAGCGCGGAGGCCUCCCAGAGAAACACAGCUCCUCCAAGGUGUCAAGCCACGCCCAAAUGAUCCAAAAAGCAGUUGAUUUUUUAGACCUGACUUUUAAUCGGCCACCUGAGCAAAUUCUCACCAGUUUUGAUAGUUUUCCAGUUCAGUCCCUUGGGUUUUCUAGUUAGACAAUCAUCUGCAGAUAAUGUUCAAUUUUUGUCCUUUGCCCCCUCCCUCCUUAUUCUACCAAGUGGCACAGGAAAUUGGUUGGUUUGGUGAUGCUGUUUAGCUUUAAUAGAAACCCCCAGCCCCUGGAGGGGCUGGAUUCCUUUGGGAGCAGUGUUCCAUUCCAUUAAGCUUCCUUGCAGGGUGAGGCCCACUCCAUGAAGACAGCAGUCAUGCCUUAAGAAGCAGAGCUACCUUAUGUGCCUGCCCAGGCUGUUCCUGCCUAAAUCUCCAGCCCUGCAUGCAGUCUCAAGGGUGGGCCCCAGAGAGUGUGGAGUGUAGGAUUCCCUCUGUGAAGGAAUCAUCUCUACUUCUCUGAGGACAAUUAGGGUAUCCUUGGCUGCUUUACUGUGGUGGCCGAAGAGCUGGAAUUGCCUCUUUGUUGAGAGUUGUGUUCACUAUCAAUGGCCGUGUACCUUCUCCACCUGCCCCCAGGAAAAAGAGUUUCCACCUUAAAUUUCCUGGUACCCCCUCACCUAUGCCUGAAAGCAUUUCACCCUCUCAAUGCCUCACCUUUCCCAUUCACCAGAUGGGACCAUCAGUAUUCCUCUCCUGGUACCGCAAGGUCUCCUGGAUCCAAAGCACCAUGUCAGUAGUAUUUGUUGGUCCUUUUUGUGCCUUUCUUGACCUGGAGGGGGAGGCAGGAGGAUUGCUCUCAGUCUAGUUUCUUUCUGGGAAUAUGGCUCGCUAGUGUUGGAAGGGGCAGUGCAUCGUGGACAGAUGGUCAUUUAGCCUCUGGGGUGAAAUACUUGCAAUACCAGGUCACUCUGUGGUCCAAAAGGUCACAUUCAGUUGUCAUCAGGCAAUUUUAACCCUUAGAGUGCUUCCCUUCCAUUAAGCUGAAAUUGCCCCACUGCCAUAUCCACCCAUUGACUCUGCCUUCAUCAAGGAAGGUGGGAAGUAAAACAUCACUUUUUACAUUAAACCAGGAUCAGGAAUAAAAAGUUACCAAAAAAAAAAUGGAAACAGGGUAGAGAACUACUACAUUAAACAUAUUUCAUAUAUAUUCUGCUGGGUAAAA